AUGCAUCGACGCCGACUAGCUUUGGUCUUCGGAAAUGAUGAUUACAGUGGUAAAUACAAAUUACAAAGUUGUAUUAAGGAUGCAAACGAUAUGACAGUUGCAUUAACUAACUUGGGAUUUGACUGCAUGAAAUAUCAUAAUUCGAAUAAACGUCAAAUGGAGUGUGCUAUCAGAGACUUUCGUGCAAGAAUUAUGAAUAAUGAUUGUAUAGUGAUAUAUUUUUCUGGACAUGGGAUGGAAGUACAGAGGGAGAACUAUUUAGUGCCAAUUGAAACAUUGUAUGAUCCUGAAUUUGAUUGCAUAAGUUUGGAUACCAUGUUGAAGGUUCUGAAUUGUUCUGGGAAUAAUCUUUUACACAUUAUUAUUUUGGACGCUUGCCGAGCUGAUGAGGCCAAUGAUGCUUGGAAAACGAAAGCUUCUAAUGAAGAACUAUAUCUUACACCAGCAUUUGGUAAAGCGUUAACGUCACAUAUUCGUAUACCAAAUGAAUCACAAUUUGCUUUGAUAUUUUCAUCGGAUCCUGGCACAGUAUCUUUCGCUGGUAAACCAGGUGGAAAUAGUUUCUUUACAUCGGUGCUGUUAAAUCAUUUGACAACAUCAGAGUUAGAGUUUCAUGGGAUGAUGAGGCAAGUUGGAAAAGAAAUAUUACAAAAAUCAUCGAAUAAACAACGACCGUGGCUCUAUUCAUGUCUAACGGAAGAGUUUUAUUUCAAUCAAGGUUUGUAA